AUGAACUCGACCUGGGAAGAAUUGAACAACUGGGUUGGAGACGAUCCAGCUCGGAAAAUUCAGUUUCUUUUUGGGCUGCCGGGAAUUUUGAAUACAAUCAUGCUAGUGAGUCUUUCGCUCAUCGAUUUUGUCUUUCCCGCGUUUUUCAGAAGAUGGGCGAUUCAAGAUGCAAAAAAAGCUGUUCCAAUCAGAAGACGAACCUGGCUAGUUCUGCUCGCCUUUUUCUCCGUCAAUGGAAUUCUCGUGUCUGGCUUCUUCGCUCCUUUCUUCCGAAAGUUCCUGCUCCGCCGCGUCGAAUUCGGCCCUCUUCCCAAGCUCGACCGCAUUUUAUGCGAAUUCGUGGCGAUCUGCAUCGUGGAAGAUGCAUACUUCUACUACGUUCACCGACUAUCGCACCAGUUUCGAUGGUUUUAUUCAAGAACUCCUCAAAUCUCCUAA